ACAUGCAAACUUAACCACACAGUACGCAGCUACUGGGCCUGAUAUUAUUGAUGGAAUUUGAGAAAAUUCUAAUAAUCUUAUUUGAAGGAGAACCCUAAAAAGCCCACAGAAAAAUGAUUGGAGGGAAGCAGAGAGCGGCAAAUGCAAAAAAGGAAGAGAAGAAAGGAAAAGCAGCAGAAAGUGACAAAAUCCCAGUAAAGAGUGACAGUGCCAGCUCCCUCAAGCCAAAGUCUUGUGCUUUUCACAUCCCCAUUUUCCCAUUUCCCUUUCUGCUUCCUCUUUCGCCAAAUGGGUCUCCCAUAACACAAUCUUCACCUUUUUUUUUUCCUCUUUCUUUCUUCUUCGCUUCUCGGUGGGGCUUCAAGUUUCACCAUAGGAUGUUUUCUAGGUUGAUACAUCCUCAUGAAGGGCAGGAAGACAUGCAGGGUGGCUCCAAUCACGCUCACCUCGGAGACCCUUGUCUUGUUUUAACCUCCGAUCCCAAACCUCGUCUUCGUUGGACCGCUGACCUUCAUGAACGCUUUGUUGAUGCUGUCACUCAACUUGGGGGUGCCAGUAAAGCCACUCCAAAAGCAAUCAUGAGGACCAUGAAUGUCAAGGGUUUGACGCUCUAUCAUUUGAAGAGUCAUCUUCAGAAGUACAGGCUAGGUAAGCAAUCAGGAAAAGAUUCUGAUGAGGGAUGCAAAGAUGGAAUGUCAGCUUCAUAUCUUCAAGAAAGCCCUGGUACUGAUAACUCUUCUCCAAAGUUACCAGAUGCUAACGAGGGUCAUGAAGUCAAGGAGGCAUUAAGAGCACAGAUGGAAGUGCAAAGUAAACUACACUUACUAGUGGAGGCAGAGAAGCACUUGCAAAUUCGCCAGGAUGCAGAGCGAAGAUACAUGGGCAUGCUUGAGCGAGCGUGUAAGAUGUUGGCAGAUCAAUUUAUUGGGGAUGUAACUAUUGACAUGGACGGCCAAAAAUUUCAAGGGCUGGAAAGCAAAACAUCCAGAAGUUCCCUAGUUGAUCACGUUGGCUUUUAUCCCCAAGCGUGUACUGAGGUCGGCGGAAUGCAUGCUUCAGUAGUAUCACCUAUUCUUCAACCUCAAGGGGCUGACUGUUUCACUGAAAGUUGCCUAACAUCACUUGAGAGUCUGGGAGGGUUGACACUAGAAGGAUCUCCUGGCGGAUCGAAGAAGAGGAUGCUGAACUUGGACUCGAUGGUAGCACCUUUGAUCUGGAGUGAAGCCAACACCAGAACUCAAGGAAUUCAUUUAGCCAAAGUUAAUCCUUCAGGAAUGACUAGGUACGGCAUGUAGGUAGGGUAGGGAAGGUUAGUUCCUCAUGAAGAGAGUUCAUGACAUUGUGCUUUGUCCCAAGCUUUUAGGAUUAAGUACUGAGUAGGGAAGGUUAGCUCCUCAUGAAGAGAGUUCAUGACAUUGUGCUUUGCCCCAAGCUUUUAGGAUUAAGUACUGAGUUAGAUUAUUAUCGGUUGUUGUCCAUUAAGUUGGUGAGAAUCAACUUAUCUCACAUCAUUGUGUAAAUUGAAAUACUAUAUGGCUUAACUUGGACCGUCACUAAAUGUUGGCGCUGACCAUUUAUGAUCAUUGCCUUGAUUUUCACUGCU